AUGGUCGCCGCUAUCCUACCCGUCCAUCGAGCAGGAACACUCAAUCGACUCUCCCUCAGAUUGGGUGCUCAACCCCGAAAACAAGGCUCUUGUCGGCAAUCUUCUUCUCAAACUCCGCCGCCACCAUCUGAUCAUCGGGUUCCUACUUCUCAAGCUCGGGCCCUUCGAUCGAUCAUCUCCCUCUAUCAUUCCUCUGAAAAUUUCGCUCCGCUCAAUUCCAAUGAACGACUUGUCCAAUUUAUAGAUGAUUCGCUGCUAUUCAAGAAACCGCCGAGUCCAUAUUCAGCGACACACAGUCCGAACUUUCUAAGUACGACGAUCAGGAGUUUAACAUUAAACAAGACAAUUUUGAGGGCGGGAGAGACGGAACAGGAUCUGAACCCGAUCGUCUCAUCGCAUCGGAUCCGAGCAGGAAACCAGCGAUGGAUGGCCCUCAAGGAUGCACUUUGUGGAACCUGUCAAAGCGAAACCCUUCUCGACACCCCACGUCCCUCAUCCAGAUUCGCUUCUAAGUUUGGCGCGCAUGAUUGGUCAUCUCCCUCAUCUUCGACUCAGUCUUCCCUUCCUAAACCUAAACCUGGUCUAGAAGUUGUACAAGAAAAUUGGGAGGACCUACAGAAAAUUCCCACUUCUUGA